AUGGCGGUGGCGGAUGCCCCCGGUCUCAUGGACAUUGCCAGGUAUGUCAUUCUGCUUGAUCUCGUAAAUUCCUCUGCUAACCCACCAUCCAGCACCCUGGCCCAGGACGAGAUUCCCUUCAAACUAAGAUGCGCCAUCUGCAACAGUCUAUCAGUGAAUGCCUUCCGGCUCCCCUGCUGUGACCAGUCCAUAUGUGAGACGUGCCAAACUUCCCUUUCCGACACCUGCCCCGUCUGCACUCAUACCCCGGUCUCUCCGGAUCUCUGUAAACCCAACAAAGCUUUACGCACCACCCUGAAAGCCUUCCUGCGCACAGAAGAGAAGAAGCGGGAGAAGGACCGUCAAUCUGCGGCAGCUCCAUCUAACGACGCUCCAGUGGACGCCAGCGCGACUGAGUCUGCUUCCCAGGGUAAAGAGCCGGUCCCAGGUGCAACUGCGGAUAUUGUCGCUUCCACAGAACCUGUACAGUCGACUUCAGAGGUCUCAGAGGCGGUCUUUCCGGAGGGGGAUGCACCCACUCACACAGUUGGGCCCAGUGUGGCUGAACCCAACUCCACUGAUACUGCUCAUGCUUCUCAUGAAGCCGAUCCUGUAGCUCAGUCCGAGGGAGCUGUCGACGGAACCAAUGGCACCGAAACUGCCCUCGAACCCGCGGUCGAGAACCCUGCCGAAUCCACCAUGGACGGGGAAUCUGCUCCAGUCCAAGAUGUUCCAGAGGAUUCCAAUUCUACCAUCACCCCCAACAUGGGUGGGAACUUUCCAAUGGGCUGGAACGGAAAUGCCAUGAACCCUUACAUGGCGGGCAUGUUCAAUUUCCCGAACACUAUGGGAAUGCCCAUGGGGAUGGACCCGAUGGCAGAUCAGGGGAUGUUCGGUGACUACGGAAUGAACAUGACUGGCAUGGGUAUGAACUCUGGGAACUACAACGGUGGCAUGUAUGGAUCUCUAGGAUGGGACCCCUCCCAAAACAACAAUAUGUGGCAAGGCGCCCAAAAUAAAUUCAAUCCAAAUGCAUUCGCAAAUGGCACGGGUCCUUACGGAGGAGCGUUUGGGUCUAAUAUGUCCGCUUACCCUUCGAAUUAUCAGUCUGGCUACUAUGGAGGCUAUGGUCGUGGCAGCUUCCGAGGUCGAGGCCGAGGUCAAUAUCAGGGCUUUGGUCGGGGAUACAACCACCACGCUAACUCGGGAUAUUCUAGCAAUCCAAGCGCUAUGGCGGGCGAGGGUAAUUUACCGAACGGAAAUCCAGAAGAGGGAGUUUCUAUGAAUUCCGAUAGCCAUGUACAAGGACAUACUGUUAACGAUCAGUCGGUCUAUGGCAGUAAUGGACAUGGAAAUCCUCCGGGCCCCGGGGUGGAAGGGGCGCCAGCGGCCCCGCGUGCGAUGAGACAAGGGCUUCCCAACACCAGUGUUUACCGCCAACGCAUGGCUCCGGGUCGAGCCAGUAAUCCUAGGUAUGAUCUAUUCGAGCUAUGUCGGACGCCCAUAGCUGCCCCAGUGCAAUCCGAGUCUCAGCCUGGAUCACCUUUGCGACCUGACUCCCGACCUGACUCUCGACCUCGUUCUCCUUCCAUGCACGGUACAGAAGACGAGCAAGGCACUCGUCGGGAAGCAGAACCCAGACGCAUGGAUCGGGUGGACGAACUCCAAUCCGAUGCUCGACGCACUCGCUCUCCGUCACGAACAUCAUCCCGUCGGUCUUCGCGACGCAGGAAUGGGGAUGACGAACGGGAGAGAGAUCGUAAAGACGGUCAUCGAUCACAGCGUUCGCGUCGUCGUCGAAGCCGCAGCCGCAGCUCAAGUCGGAACGGAGAUUCUCGAUUAUCUUCUCGCCUGGAUAUCAUUCCAGAGCAUCGUUCUAGCAGCCGAGCCAAAAUGAGCCCUGAAGCCCUUGGGUCACACGAUCUCGCAAGUCGAGUCAGUGGCAGUCGACGCUCUGAUAAAGACCGUGUCCGACGUGAAGAUGACCGAUCUCACGGCCAAUCCAGAGAUUCUCGCCGUCGGGACCGCGAGCGGGACCGAGACCGUGAGCGUCGCCGCGAAGACCGCGACAAAGACCGAGCCGAAGACCGUGACCGGGAUCGUCGAGACCGCCCUAGGGAACGCGAGCGAGAUCGCAAGCGAUCCCGCCGCGAUCGUUCCCAGUCUGUCAACGGCACCGAACAUCCCCAAGCCCGGCGCGUGAAGCGUGAUGAGACUCGCACUGGUGACCAAUCGAGCGGUACAUCGAUCAAAAGAUCCGAGCCCGAAAAAGACCCUUACACCCUUGAGCGCGAGGCCCGCAACAAGGAGCGUUUGCAGCGCGAGCAGCAGCAUCGGGAGAAGGCCAAUUCCGGCCGUCGCCGUGAGAGCCGGCAGGACCGGGUGGUGGCGGGCCGUCGCAUUAACUACAAAUAUGAGGAUGAGCUCUAG